ACAAAACACAACAACGACGAUGGAGGACGAGGUGACCGCGGUGAGGACACUGGUGGACUCGCUGCUACGGUCUGUGGCAUCCAUCUCCACCACAGACCCGCACAACCACGAUGACAACAACAGCAGUAACAGCGGCAGUAGCCGCGCCAGCAGCAGCAACACCACUCGAAGGAGGUUAAGCGGUGGUCACGGUCGUGCUUUGCUCAGCAGCAGCCGCGCAUCAAGCACACGCUCACAGCAGCAUGGACAACACAAGCACCGCGAACACACGUCUGGUGUCCGGGAUGACAUGUCGCCUGCUGGGCAGUGGCUGCGGCAGCAUGGCUACACCCACACGUCGGCGCAAACGCUCACAGCCUCCCUGCCACAGUCGUCAACAGCAUCCCAAGAGGCACGCGACCCGCGAAUGGUCGCGUACGAACAGCACGACCACCACCAGCAACAACCCCAGCCACAACGACAGCGGCAACACCUGUCGUCUUCUGUGUCGUCCGUGGCGUCGAGGCUGCGCCACGGUUGGUCGGCACCAUCGGGGGCUGAUGACCGCUUAACGCUCGACACAGAGAUGAACCACCAACACCACCAACCCCCUGGCCUCACUCUCAAUGACCUGCGCGCCAGCACAGCAACAGCCCAAGACACCACGGCGCCCUCACAAUCGCUACAACACGACGCCUCCAGCGACCCCAGCGGCCUAAGCAGCCAUACCCACCGCCUGCAUCGGCCAUUCCCGGUGGGCUCCCGACAUUGGCAGGCCCACGCACAGCAGCCAGGUGGUGGUGCGUUCUCGUCAACGUUACGUGACGACACACAGCCUACUUUCUGGCGUGACGCUAGCCCACCGCGCGAGCACCAAGGGCAUGAUGGUGGGAAGGCAGUCACGCUCACAACCCAUUCUUCACUUCACGCAAGUUACACCAAGGACCACCACGACCAGUGGACACUCAAAGGCAGCCACAGCAUGGCGCAGGAGCGAAAACCACGCACCACUGGAGCAUCGCUUGCUGUCCGGUACUCGCAGGUCGACGCAACCUACGCCCGGCUCAAGUCCCAGAUGACAUCUGUACUCGCGCAAACCUCGCCCGCCACAGCAUCAGCCUCGUCAGCGGGUCUCACAACACCCGGGGAGGCCCGUGUAAGUGGUAUCGAGCCGCUCUCGCACACUUGGGAUGUCGGCGAUGUCAGCGAUGCUGGCGCUUACCACAGGGUACCAGUGCAAUAUGAACGAGAAGACGAACAACAACAACAACAACAACAACAACAACAACAACAACAACAACAACAACAACAACAACAACAACAACAACAACAACAACAACAACAACAACAACAACAACAACAACAACAAGCGGAGCAGCAGCUUCGCCUGGUGACAGAGGAAGACAUUCACCGCCUGCUAUCACAGGCGACGCAGAUGCAGCGCUCACAGCGCACACAAGCAGCCCGCCUGCGCGCUGUCUUGCACAAGGCCGAGCAGUGGCACCACUUGCACGUGCUGCGUCGCGCGUUCGUCAAGUGGCAGCAAUCGACAGCGGCGCGACAGGUCACGCACCACCUCCUGCGCCUGCACCACCUCACUGCCGUUCGCCACGACAUCAUCCGCACACAGCGCUCCUUCCUCACGGCCUGGCGGCGCUCCUGGCACAUGAAGGCUGUCGACGACCAUCGCGCAUCGCAGUUUGCACGUCGGCACGCCCUCACCCACCACCUUCGUCGCUGGCGCGAACGCGCGCGUGCUGUUCGAGACCACACGCAGCACAUGGUACUGCUCCGUGCAAAGGCGUCCAGCUGGCACCGCCGCCAGCGCUCCUUCCUUCUCUUGCGCACUUGGCGCGUGUGGCGUGCCCGGUUGGUGCAAAAGCGUGCCCUCAACCGCCAGACAAACGCAGUGAAGCUGUACCUCUUCUUCCAGCGGUGGCGGCAGCGCCUCCCACUCGUGAACGCCGCGCACACGCAAUCCACACUCACACGCUCACGCACGCAGCGCGCCGCCCUGUCUCACUGGCGCCGCGUGCUCCAGACGCGAAGAGCGGUUCACAAGGCGGAUGCGCACGCGUCAACAGUGCUGCAGCGCCGGUCUUUGCUGCUGUGGCGAUCGCACACACGUGAUAUGAUGCAAGCACGUCGCCUCGCUGGCACGCACGUGUUGCGGCGAUGGCGGCGGCAAACCAGACGGCGGCAGCGGCAGGUGCGCUCGCGAGUGCUCCACUUCCAGCAGCAGCAGCGGCGCCAGGCGUUGCAGCGGCACUUACAGCGCUGGCGAUGCAAUGCGCAAGCUUGUGCUCUUCAUCGCACGCGCAGGCACCGCACGCUUCGCACUGCACUGGCAAGGAUGAGGGCCGUCUGUAGCAGCACGCACGCACGCGUGCACGCUCAGCAGCGAGCAGACGCGGUCAACCAACAGCAUACGUUAGGCAGUGCCCUGCGUGUGUGGCGAAGGCGAACAGCACAGCGGCAGCAGCGUCGCAGCUUGUGGGCACAUCUGGGGCGGUCGCUGCUGGCGCGCGCACGCGAAGACGUGAGGGGGGAUGCGCUGGCAUGGCUGCAGAGCCAGGCUGUGCGUGAGAAGGCGGUUCGAAUGAUGGUGAUCACACACACGGCCACGCUGGUGUGGCGACACUGGCGCACGCUGUUCACGACACGCGUCUGCGAGCGAACUGCACGGGAGUUCCGGCAGCAGCACGAUGACGGUGUUGCUCGUGCCGCCCUGCAGCACUGGCGGCGACGGGUGACGUGGCGCCGCACCCUGCACGACACCGCCGUCAUGUGGGCAGAGCAGAGACUGCGCACAAGGGUUGGCCGACGCAUGCUCGACAUCUUGCUUGCACGCAGGCAGCAGCAGCAUCGGUCGACGCUGUUGUCGCAGCUGCUGGCAGUGUGGCAGCGACGUGCCCACCAGCGUCACCUGGCGCGUGUGUGGGUCGUGUGGAGUGCAGCUGUUGCGCUGCAUCGGUUUGCCCGACACACACACGAGAAUCACCAGCGCCGCGUCGCCCUCGACACGUGGCGCAAACGACUGCACCAACUUCGCCUCGCACGCGCCUUCACCCUCGCAACGCAGCGCGUCCACAAGGCACAGGUGCUGCUGUGGUGGCGUCGUGCUGCCGCUGCAGGGCGGGAUGAGCGCCUCGCGGAUCGCGUGCAUGCGUUCAAGUUGCGGAAGUUCGCCUGGAGCAUGAUGCAACAUGCCUACGCCAGCCGUGUCACAGAACAGCGAGAAGCACAAGCAGCGGCACUUGCGCUUCAACGCUACAAGCUCCACUCCACCUUGACGAGGUGGCGGCUGCUGAGCCUGCAGCGUCAACUCAUCGACACACGACACCAACGGCGCGUACGCGCAAUCUUUACACACAUGCGCGCCGCAUUUCUCCAGCGAAAGCAGUUGUGUGUUCGAGCAGCCCGCCUGCAGCAGCAACGGUCUGAGACGGUGCUGAGGCGUGCACUCAAUACGUGGGCAUCGCACUAUUUAGAGCGCUGUCAGCUCAUGAUCAUGGCAGUGGAGUUUGAUACGCGCAAGUGGCUGAAUCGUUGGCGCACACGCACACAGGGGAAGUAUCGCAAGCAGAAGCAGGCAGUGCAGCGGCACGUGCUAACCAUCACCACGCGCGGAUGGAGGCAGUGGUCACGUGCGUAUCGCCACCGCCAAUCCGCCGCCACCGAAGCAGCAGCACGGGCAGACGGAAUGCGUGCGCGCUACUUUCAAAGACAGUGCAUUGAGCAUUGGCGAGGAGCUGUGCGUGUCCGUAAUCGCCGCGCACACGCGCACCGCUCUCAGCACGUGCAGCACCGAGCACUGUUGAGCUGGCGGACAGCGCUGCGACUCAAAUGGAUGAACGCGAUUGCUGAUACACACCGCUUCAACACAUCGCUGCUGGGGCCGUGGCGAUUCUGGCGCGCACUCACAGCACAGCACCUAGCCGUGCUGGAGGCCGCUGACAUCCACCACCAGCUCACGCUCAAGGUGAAGGUGUUGUCUGCCCUGAAGGAGUGGGCGGAGCAUUCGCAGCACGUGCAGCGUGGACUUGAGGCCGUGUUCGUGUCAUUCCAGCAACAACGCACGCAGCGAACAAAGCUCCGACUGCUGCUGACGUGGCGCGCCCACCGCCACCACCGCAUCAUUCAGCGCGAGCGGGAACUGGAGGAGCGUCGCAACGCCAUCCCGCCCAUCACAUCUGCGCGCACAGCACGCCUGUACUCGCUGCGCAACACGUUUGUGCGCCAUGCACAGCAGCGACUCAAGCGGCGGGCAAUGGCGGCCCUGCGACGGCACCUCGCUGUGCGCAGAGAUAUGCACAGCGUGGCUGUCGCUCACCACUCAAACACUUUGCUUGCAAGCAACAUCGUUCGGUGGCGGCGACUGUGCGUGAUGAAACGCCUCUCGGAGCAGUUCCGCCAUCUGCAGCAGAUGCAGGUGGCGUGGCGACUGUGGCAGGCGCGCUUGCACGAGCUGCUUGACGCCGAGCACUACCACCACCGCACCCUCAUGCGCUCCGUGUUGGCCGACAUGCAAACCCGCGCGUACAUGGCGGCGGUGCGGCAGAGACAGGCAGCAACAGUUGCCGCUGCGCGAGUGAGGCGCAUUGCGUGGCAGCGGUGGCGAGAAGCAUUUGCACAGUGCACGCGUCAGCGCGCUGUUGCCUUUGCGGACGCCAUUGACGGUCACCUCGUACACAUGCGGCGGCAGCACGAUAGCGGCAGUGAUGGCGGUGGCGAUACCCACGACCACUUCAUGUACUUGGGAGAACAAGAACAACAGCAGCAAGGAGACAAAGCCGAAAUCAGCGACCAACCGCCACAACAGCUGAAGCAGCAAACGGAUGUGUCGUUGCCGGUGCAUGAUGAUGACAACAUCACUCGCGGGGCAUUUGGCGCCGAUCUCGUCACGGCGCUUACCCAGGGCGCGAGCCAGCUGAUGGAUGUUUCCCUUGACACGCCUGGCAGCGUUGCCAGCAAUCUCAGCUUCCUGGACACAUCACAGUUUCGGCAGCUGUACACUGACGCCAUGGCAUCGCCCACCGUGACUGCCAGUGGUGCUGGCGCUGACGGUGCUGCUUUGAGGGCAACAGACACGUCGCGCAUGGCGGCCGUUGAGGGCCAGCAGUCGAGCGCUCACCUCGUCCCCGUGGCGGCUGGUACUGUUGCUGCCGUUACUGCCCAUACUGGCGCUGAUGCCAGUAUUGUUGCGUCCGCUGCUUCCACUGCUUCUGCUGCUGCUGCUUCUCGUGAGGAAGAUGUUGAAUCUGGGCACGUUCGUGGUGGUGACGACGGCAAUAGGGAUGAGGAUCGCGCGGGCACUGUGGGAGUUGCGCCUCAAGAAGAAGAAUGGACGGCUGCUGCUGGCGUGGUGCUGGGUGAUGGCAAUCAUCACGAUGGAGAAGACGAAGGCGGUGCCGACGCCAAUGAUUUCGAUGGUGUUGGCAAUUGGCAGGGGGCGGUGACAGGCGGUGAGACCGGUGAUGCGGUGCGGUGUGAACUGGUGGCAGACGAGGACGAUGCAGUCGGUGAGCAGCACACGCAGGGCGGCAAUCACAGAGAAGGCAGCAGAGGUACAAGUGCUGAGCGGAGCCAAGAGUUCGAAGACGAACAGUGGGUGACGGCCGGCCUUGCAGCCACUGCGACGGCCACCCAACACAGCCCACACACAAGCCAGCACAGUCGACGGCAAGAUGGGGCGCUUCGAAUUCACACCGACGAAAGUGCUGGAACCGGUGUUGCCGAAGAGAUCAACGGCAACACCAUGGCGCCACUCACGGGAGAGGUGUGCAGCAGUGGACACGAGUCGGUAGCGAGGUUUGGUUCCGCGUACACAGACAGCACCGAUGACGAUGACGGUGACAGGGUUGGCGAUGGCCAUGGAGGAGGACGUGGUGGUGGUGGUGGUGGCAGUGGCAGUCAUGGCGACGAAGAUGAUGGCCGUGAGCUGGCGAUGAGUUCAGAUGAGCGCUCCAGCGUGGAGCGUGGAGUCGUGCAUUCACGGGACGUCCACAGGAUGGUCGACGACACGGCAGCGCCAUCGCCCGCGUUUCCGAUGGAAAAAGCCAGUGCGGUGGACGCACACGCCACUAGCGUUUCUCACGCUGGCAAAACCCGGAACAAUGAUUCUGUACAAACCACGGCAGCAGAGGAUGUGACGACCACGACGACUGCAACGACCGCGUCCCGUACAACAGCGGCCACAACCGCAUCAUCUGUUCCCAUCAUGACCAGCUCUGGUUUGAGCGGGAGCAGCAGCAUUGAGGGAACAGGCAUCAUGCUGAGCGCGCAGCACCGACGACAUCAGCACCUGCAACUGUCGGGCCAUCAUGUUGAGGUUCCCCGCGCGCUUCACCCAGAUGACAUCAUUCACGAGGCGGACGCUGAUUCCGAUGGCGAUGACGAAACGCGCAGCAAUGUGGCGGACCCGUCCAGUUUCCUCGGCAGUGACCAAAUGCAAGAGCAGCACCGACAAUACCAGCAACAACAACUGAGACAGCGGUCCCAGGGGCAACAGUAUUUCACAGGAUCCGUCCCACAUGCAGGGCAACCACAGCAUCGUGUUGGUGGCCACGCAACUGGUCAUCUUCAUGCUCAACCCAGAGCCGGCGCUGCUGCCACCACUGCUAUCAUCCACAGCAAUGACGGCAAUGACAUGGAUGAUGAUGAUGAUGGUGGUGGCGAUGGCGAUGGUGGUGCUGCUGAUGUACUGGGCCAGCUCAUUCAGCUGACGAGCACGCGCGCUGCCUGGGGCCCGCCGACAACAGCAGCAGCAUCAACAGCAGCAGCAGCAACAACGAAGGACGCACCCACGGCAGCACCAGCCUUGGGUGGCAGUGGAGUAGCAAGCACAUGGCAACACGGCCCUGGUCAACGGCAGGAAGGCAUCACUGCAAGCGCUGGAGACGUUUCUCGCGUGGGUGGCACGGCUGCCAAUGGCUUUGGCGGCUGGAGUGGCGGCUACGAUCCCCCACAGUAUCGAGCGCGUAGUGGUGGUGGUGGUGGUGGUGGUGGUGUGCAUGCCGUGUCAACGGAGGAAUCCGCCCGGAAACUGCUGCAGGAAUCGUUUUCGCGCGCGUUGACCGAGAUUAUGGGACCGCACGACACGACGUCUGCGCGUGCGUGGCCGCGGAGAUGGCGAACAGAGGAGAGGAGCAAAGAGGAGAGGAGCGGGGGAAGAGAGGCUGAAUCAGAGCACGGUGUCCAGCAGGCUCGGCAGCGAAAUCCCGAAACAGGGCAUGGAAACAGCACACAGCAGUAUCCACGACGACAACAGGACUCGCCACAGCAUGGGUCAAGGCGUGGGCAGCAGCAAGGCAAUGGAGGCGACACGACAAAUGGCGUUGCUGCCUCUGAUGCCAGCACCGCUUCUGUUCUUGUUCCUUCUUCAGACAAGCCAGUACAGCGGCGUCGCGGAAAGCUUGUACCCACCUCUCCUCGCCACGGUCCUGCUGUGCAUAACACUGGUCUAACUGCCACCAUCUCCCAGACUGGUGGGGUUGACACGGUCGACAGCACAGGCGCGCAUGCGCGCACCCAUGCUUCGCCAACGGAGGACCGGCUUGACCGUGUUGCGCACGCACUUACGCAUCAGCUGCAGGUGACAGACGCUCGCAUUCAACAAGAGGGUCACGUCACUGAUGCGCGGGUGCCCAUGUCACCGGCCCGGCAGCGUAUGCCUCGGUCGCAGCCGCAGCAAACCAUUUCCCGUGCCGAUGCGAGCGGUCGGGGCGGCACGCGAUUCACUGGCGGUGCAGCGAUGGUCGAUGAGGGAGAGUACGAAGGAGGGAGUGGGAAGGAGGAGGUUGCGGCUGCGCUUGCAAAUGCGCCAGGGUCAUCGUCAUCACCGUCGUCUUCACCACCACGCGCGCCCCGCCCGCGCUCCGAGCCCGCGGUGCCAUCGCCGCGUGUGCGUCAACUGCGACAAGAGGAGCGGCAAGCACGAAGGCGACGCCUCUCGCCACGGAGGGCAAACUCGCUGCUGCAGCGGUACAUGUGGUUCCGCCGCAACAAAGUGCGAACCACGCUGAGCGUGACACUGGCGAACAUGAUGUUCAUCUACCAUCAGCGCUGCCUUCAACGCACGUUUGUGCCAUCCAGCGAUGUCACAGAGACGUCCCACAUAGCGACAUAA